UCCUCCAAGAGGUGGCUGACACUCGGCUCCGGAUUGCCUGGACGGGGCGGCCCGGUGGGCCACGAAGGGCGGGCCUGCACCCCAGAGCUCCGCCCCUCCCCGCCCCUCGCUCGGCCGCUAUAAAGCACGUGCGGGCGGGGGACGCCCCCCAUCGGGCAGGGGAAAGUGAUGGCCGCUAACCGGGUCGGGCGGCGCCUGGGUCGGGCUUCGCCGGCGCGCUCCGCCGGGCUGUCUCCGGGAGGCCCCCGCGAGGAGCGGACGCCCAGCCCGGGCAUUCAGCGGCGCCAGGCGCGGGUCACCGUCAAGUACGACCGGCGCGAGCUGCAGCGGCGCCUAGACACGGAGAAGUGGAUUGACGGCCGCCUCGAAGAGCUCUACCGCGGUCGGGAAGCAGAGAUGCCUGACGAGGUGAACAUUGACGACCUCCUGGAGCUGGCCACGGAGGGGGAGAGGGCCAGGAAACUGCAGGGCAUCUUGGAUUCCUGUCGCAAUGACACGGAGGACUUCAUCCAAGAGCUGCUGGAGAAGCUCCGAGGUCUCCGGACAGAGCACGUCCUCCGCCAGCCGAGCCCCAACAGCCACCAGGAGGCAGAGCAGGCGUGGGGGGGAGCAGAGAGCCAGCCGCUGUGAGUCCAGCAUGCUAGCAGGGGUCUCUGCCUCCGGAGGUGCUGAGGCCAGGCUGCAGGCGGGGUGGGGGGUGGGGGGCGCGGCCUGCUGCCCUGUGCUCCGGGCCCUCCCUGGCCCGAGAGGAGCCUGCUGCCCCACACACCCCAUAUCCCUCAGCAGGCUUCUGGUGCUUCCUCCUGUCCACCCUGUAUACAUCUCUGUACAGUGAACUGUAUUCUCGGCUUCGGCUUGACCCUGUAAUAAAGUGCUGUGUUUGCUG